AUCGCAAUAAAUGUUAAUUAUUAAUUUUAUGAAAUUAAUAUCCCGUAUGUGUGGCAACACUAUAAUUACGUCACUAAAUAAUCUACUCUCACUGCUGCCGUUGUCGGUGUGUUUUUGGACGGAAUAAAUUUCCUCACCAAAAUUCGCGUAAACGAAACGAUAAAAAUUAUUUAGAAAGAAUUGAAUAUUUUGAAACGAAUCACCGACAAUGUCUGGCCUAAUAUCGAUGACGUCGCGAUGGCUGCCGCGAAAUGCAUUAAGUAUAGGAGUCCAAGCAGCACGGAGCCAAGAAGUUAAAUCAGCUGCAACACUGCGACAGUUUUCCAGGUUAGCAGUAGCUGGAACACAAAUAUUAACUGCCGAACACCCGCCCGUUGGCGUAAUCAAUACGAAAAGACCGCUGGGAGUAUGUUCUUGGAAGCGAAUACAUACGACUGCAGGUCUGUGGGAAUCACAAACUGUGAAAGUGCCAGGGUUUGCUGAUUCCGUAUCGGAAGGUGACGUAAGAUUUACCUGCAAGGUGGGCGAUUUUUUUGCAGCUGAUCAAGUUGUUAUGGAAAUUGAAACCGAUAAAACUGCUGUAGGUGUGCCAGCACCCUUUGGUGGUGUUUUACGCGAAAUUCUCGUAAACGAUGGCGAUACUGUUAAACCAAAUCAGCCAUUAUUUACAAUUGAAAAGGCUGCAGGAGGCCCUGCACCUGCCCAACCAGCGGCAGCUGCUGCUGCUGCACCUCCAAAACCUGCGGCACCAGCAGCACCCGCAGCACCAGCUGCAGCUAAACCUCCACCACCACCACCACCAGCAGCAGCUAGACCACCUCCACCACCACCACCAGCAGCAGCUAGACCUCCACCUCCACCACCAGCAGCCGGUGCACCACCACCACCACCGCCACCGAAACCAGCAGCACCUGCUGCACAAAUGCCCGUUGCUGCUAUACGUCAUGCGCAAGGCAUAGAUCCAAAUGCGCAGGUUAAAGUACCACCAGCUGAUUAUACACGCGAAAUAACUGGCACACGCACAGAACAACGUGUAAAAAUGAAUCGUAUGCGUUUGAAGAUCGCUCAGCGUUUAAAAGAUGCACAAAAUACUACUGCAAUGUUGACCACAUUUAAUGAAAUCGACAUGAGCUAUGCAAUGGAAUUCCGAAAAACAAAUCAGGAGGCUUUCCAAAAGAAAUAUGGCAUCAAGAUUGGCUUUAUGUCUAUAUUCAGUAAAGCUUCAGCUUAUGCUUUACAAGAUCAACCCGUUGUGAAUGCUGUCAUUCAAGAAAAGGAAAUAAUAUAUCGUGAUUAUGUAGAUAUCUCAGUAGCUGUGGCUACACCCAAAGGUCUGAUGGUGCCCGUUAUACGUAAUGUUGAAAGUAUGAGUUACGCUGAUGUUGAAAUAGCGUUGGCUGCGCUUGGACAAAAAGCCAAAAAAGGUGCUAUUGCUGUAGAGGACAUGGACGGUGGUACCUUCACAAUUAGUAACGGUGGAGUAUUUGGUUCAUUAAUGGGAACGCCAAUUAUUAAUCCACCACAAAGUUCGAUUUUGGGAAUGCAUGGCAUAUUUGACCGCCCGAUUGCUGUUAAAGGACAGGUUGUCGUACGUCCAAUGAUGUAUGUCGCACUUACCUAUGAUCAUCGAUUGAUUGAUGGUCGUGAGGCUGUGCUAUUUUUACGUAAAAUUAAACAAGCUGUUGAGGAUCCAAGAAUUAUGCUGGCUGGCAUAUAAACUAUGUAUAAUGCUUAAAGGAAGAUAUUAUGAAAACAAUGCAAAACUAAUUGUUUAGUUAACUACUAAAAAAAGCCUUCUAUUCUUGAAAAAAUGAUAUCAAAUCAAUUUUAAAUAAAUUUAUUUAUUAUAACUAUUGAAAAAAAUUCAGUUUUCACUUGACAAACACAUGUUACUAAAAACACAAAUAAUACAAUUGU